AUGAGUGCCCCACCUCCACCAAUAUCACACCAGAGCCAGUCCUCAUCCUCACACAGUUCACGGAAAUCCAGCAAGAUGAGCAGCAGCAGUAGUGUGAGUGGGAGCUCUGCUGCAGGAUACCCACAAUUCUUACGUCCGUUUCACCCUGCAGAAGCAGCACUAGCUCAGGAGCAGCUGCACUCUGGAAUGGGACGUUUUGACUUUGGGGGUAGUAGCAGUGGAGGGUCUGGUGUUAUUGGAGGUGUGGUUACAUCUGCUCCCCCACCACCACCCUUACACCCUGGCCUCUCUGUUCCCCAAGCCUCACCUGGACCUUCCUCCUCCUCGCCCUCCCCAUCAGCCUCAUCUUCCGCCUCUAACAACCCUGGCAGUGCAGUUUCCUCCCUAGGGCAACCACUCGUUGGGCAGUCUGAUCCACGUAGCUUACAUCAGCAGUUCAGUUGCAUGCUUGCCGCCAAUCAGUACUUUCUUUCAGGGGUCCCGACCAACAGCAGUCUGGAGCAGUUUCUGGUUCAACAAGGGGGUCAUAAUCAUCUUGGCCUGGGUUUGGGCCAAGGAGCUAGUGACUCAAACUCAGCCCUCGCCCCACCUCCAGCUCUUCACUCAUCACACAGUCAUAGUCACUCCACACCCCAGCCUCAACAGCAGCAGCAACCAUUGGCACCCCAUGCUUUAUCGCACUCUCACAGCCAUACCCACCCACAUCAUCCUCUUCACCCAACACCUCAGCCGUCAUCUCUGGGUGGCUUUGAUUUCCAAGGUAUUCCAGUUCUCUCCUCCAAUCAGCUGGCUUCGUUGAUGCAACAAGAGGCUAGUGGUAUGCCCCUCCCUCUACCACUCCAUUUAUCACUUUCGAAAGAUGAAGGGAAAGGAGACAGUGGAUCUGGUGGAAGUGGUGGUAGUAGGAGAAAGAAGGCUAUGGCUGGCUACCUUCCUCAGAGAAAGGCAGAUGGCACCAGUCACAGCAGUAGCAGUGGUAGUAACUGCCACAGCAGCUCCACUGAACACAGUCAAAAUUCAACCAUUCAACCGGGCCUUGUAGGAGGAGCCAUAACCAGCCUUGGUGGUAACCAUUCAUCAGUCCUCUCUUCAUCAACACAACAGUCCUCCUCAACGGUCUCCUCUUCCUCCUCAGCUCCUUCCUCAUCCACUGCCUCUGUGCUGGUAGCUAAUGAUUCACAGCUACCUAAACCUGAAAAUCUAAAUCCCAUGACCUCCAUGCCUUGUCAACCUGACCCUGAAGCCAUCUACCACUGUGGUGAAUGUGGAAAGACCUUCAGUCAUCUUACAAGCCUUCGCAGGCAUCUCCGUAGUCAUGGUUUGACUUCUGAAGAUGCCAAGCCAGACACUUCAAGCGAAGACAAAACUUUCUGUUGCACCGAAUGUGGAAAGGGAUUCAAGAAAAGGGGGCACCUCCUCCAGCAUGGUGUUAUCCAUUCAGGGGCUCGUCCAUUUGCAUGUGGUGUCUGUCAACGGUCUUUCAACCGCCGUGAGUCCCUCACCAGGCAUGAGAAGAUCCAUGAUGAUAAGCCUUUCCGAUGCCCUGCUUGUGGUCGCUGCUUCCGAGAGAGCACCUCUUUGCUAAACCAUGCUGCGUCUGGCACCUGUGGAAAGCCUGGAAGGAAUUCCCGGCCCAGACCAAGUGGUAGUGGUGAAAAUCAAAGCUCUUCAAGUGCAAGUAGCAGCAAAACUGGAAUGGUGGCUGAAGGCAGUGGUACAGGUGAUUACCAACGAGAUGGAGCGAGUAAAUUUGGAACGGAUUAUUCAAGGAACCGGCCAUCAUACCAGCCAUCCUACAGUGUGGAUGACUACCGACGACAGCAGGCUAACCAGGCUAACCAAUCUUGUUAUUCUGGAGAGAGCUCCCAUGGAAGUGGGAUGUCAAGCCAGACACUCAGAAAGGCACCAUUGGCACCUACCUUACACCCACACCCUCAAAGUCAACAACCACAACACCAUCUCCAUCAACAGCAACCUCAUCUUCCUCUUUCAUCUCUAUUGGAUGACUCUGAGGAUGAGGUCACUAGCAGUGCCAUGUCUGCCAUUGCUGCAGCUGCCGCUGCUUCCUGCGAGAUAAGUACUGGCGAGAGUCGAGGAGAGGAGCGAAGAGACAUCAUUGGAGGUUUGCUUGGAGGACUUGGCUUUGGGAAUAUGGGAGUCUCACCAGGUGGUCCAUCAUCUACAUCUGAAAUCGACAAGACCUACAGAUCAGGUAGUGGCUCUACCAUCCCCUUAACACAUCCAAGCCAGCAGAUGAUGAAUGCUAAACCGAAAAAGCCCCGCAAGCCUCGGCAGAAGAGAGAACCAGGACCUGAUGGAAUCAUAGUUCGACAAAGAAGAAGUCGUGGGGAGGGAGAACGGCCAUAUUCUUGCGGAGUUUGUGGUAAAGGAUUCAGGAGACGUGAGACCCUACGUCGGCAUGACCGUGUUCACACAGGUGAAAAGCCACACCGGUGUGAUGUUUGUGGGAAAGAGUUCCGGGAGUACUUCCAUCUUACUAAACAUUCCACUGUGCAUUCUGGGCAGAAGAACUACAAAUGUGACCUAUGUGGUAAAGAGUUUGCUUACGCUCAGAGCUUGGUGAGACAUGGAAAAUUACACACAAAAGGGGAAUUGGAUGCUACACCAGGAGGAAAAAUUGCUAAAGGCCAUGGAGGGGUUAUUAGUUUAGAUGAAAAUCAAGCAAACUCUCAAUCUUAUUAUCCGUACCCUCAAGAUAAGUCUCAGGGGUCCAGCUCAUCCACUCAGCCCACUCAGAAGCUCUUUACAUGCACAACGUGCUGGAAAUCCUUCCGCCAUCAGUUUCACUUGACAGCCCAUCAACAAACUGUCCAUGGUGGUGGAAUUAGGGGUGAAAAAAAUUUCUGCUGUGAGGUAUGCGGGAAGGCCUUCGCCUAUUCUAACAGCUUGUCCAGGCACAGGCAAUCGCAGCAUGGAUUGGGCCGCACUGGGUCGGCAAACCCACCAGCUGGUGGAACCCAACAUCCUUCCCAAGCAGAUGAGUACAUCCCUCUUUUUGAAUCAGGUCACCCCUCAACUUAUCCGUCAGGCUCCUACAUGCCAAACCAAUCCUCCCAAGGUCAACACCGCCCUUUUCAGUUCCAGUCCCAAGAAGGAUGGGUUGGUGGUAAGAGAAAAAGAGAGAAAAAAAGGAGGGUCGAAUAUCAAAGUAUAAUGAGAGGGGGACAACUAGUGGGGGUUGCCUUGAAUAAGGCUACGAGCAGGAGACUCAAAGUGAUGAAGCGGAAAAAAGGAAUAAUGCACGAGAAGCUUAAGCAGAAGAAACUGCUCGCCCAGCUCCUGAGAAUGAGAGGAGGGUAUAGAGUUAAACAAUGGUGUGGAGGUGUGGUUAAAGUCAGUGGGCUGUCAUCUAUGGAAGUCCCCAUAAAACGAUUUCCAUGCCAGUACUGCCCCAGCACCACAUUCGCCAGUCAGGCCAAACUUUUGAUCCAUCGUUCUGUGAGGCAUCCUCCAAGAAAUAACGGCCAGCAAGCCCGUCUGAAGUGCUCAGUCUGCGGAAAGCGUUCUCGGACAUUACGGAAAGCCCUCAUUCAUCGUGGACGUCACCUUUCCCAAGGGCGGUUCUCAUGUCCCAAAUGCCGCUCCCGCUUCUGGAAUGGAUCUCUCCUGGAGAGGCACAGCGUCGCUUGCCAGGGUCAAUCUCUGUUAGGUAGUGGAAACUGGGGCUUGAAAGUGAACUUGCCCCCAAGAGAGGUUGUUGAGAAGACAGCUUCAAAAGAGGUCCAGGAGGGCCAGCCUGGGAGAACAACAGUGGUGACUGAAUACAGCCACUAA